AUGAAUCCCCCAUAUCAAACAGUGCCAUUUUCGCAGUCAGAAGUUGCAGUGUUAUAUGCAGUUAAAAGAGCAGUAUCUCAUGAAGAUCUUCCAGGAGCGAAAAAGUUGAAGCCAACUCUCAUUCCUGCGCUCACGGAGGAAGCUGUUGGUAUAUUAAAAUUCAUCAAUCCAAACUCUGUGGGAUUUCAGGGUUCUUUGAAAACAUUGCAUUCAGAUUUCCAAGUUAACGAGAUUGAGCCCAGCGGCCAUGUUGUGUAUUUGACUGACCUUGGAAUUGAUAUGGGUAAAUCGAGAAAGGAGAAGAAGCUUGAACAAAAAGCUAAAGAGGCACAAGAAUUUGCAGGAAAGACAGAUGAGGAAAUUGCCAGCAUAAAAGCAGAAAGGGCCAAGGCACAAGAAAAUGAACCAAAGUAUGAAUUGAGUGAAGAAGACCGAAACGAAUUACUCGCCUACAUCAGUGAGGAGGAGUUGAAACAAAUUGAACAAUUGUUCCACACUGGAAACCACAUGGAGACAAAAACAACCAUUGACGAUAAGGAGAAAAGGGGAAAAUUGCAUCAGCUAUUACGGAAAGCAUUUCAAGGCAAAUUAGAGAGUACUACAUCAUCUGAAAACACAUUUAAAAUAGUGAUUGCCAAGAAUAGAGGCAACAAUAGACGUGGUGGAGAUACAAACAUCAUGGACAGUAUGCACCAUGUGGAUGAGAAUGGAGUCAUAAAUUAUGGACUUGGUCCGUUCAAACCAUAUUUACAUUUUGCCGUAUUCAAGCAAAACAGGGACACGAUGGAUGUUGCCAACAAUAUAGCCAAAAUGUUGCGUAUUUCUCCAAAGACAAUCAACUAUGCAGGAACAAAAGACCGUCGUGGCGUCACUUGUCAGAAAUUCUGUAUUCUGCGUGGUAAAGUACUUCGUGUUAGUGCGUUGAACAAGAUGAAGAAUUCGAAUUUCAAGUUGGGACGGUUUACGUAUGAGGACUACCCUUUGAAAUUGGGAGAUUUGGCUGGGAAUGAGUUUACAAUCACUUUGCGUGAUGUGAAGCCAGCUGUUGAUGAAGGUGCAGAUGCCGACUUGCGCACGAUUGUUGCGCAAUGUUUUGAUAGCUUGGACAAGCAUGGGUUUAUCAAUUACUUUGGAAUGCAAAGAUUUGGUUCGUUUUCGGUACCAACUCAUGAACUUGGUAUUGCGUUGUUACAAGAAGAUUGGGAGAAAUGCGUAGAGUUGUUAUUGUCAGAGCAAGAAGUGUGUUCUCCAGGAACAAUGGAAAUGAGGAAAAUAUGGAAGGAGAAACGCGAUGCCAAGGAAGCUUCAAAAGCAUUACCAAGACAUUUUGUAGCUGAAAAUUGCAUCUUAAAAGUGUUGUCCAGUGAACAACAAGACUCGGACAAGAAGUACAAGCGGCACUCAUAUUUGAAGAGUCUUUUGGCUAUACCGAAGAACUUGAGAAUGAUGUACGUUCACGCUUAUCAGUCAUAUGUAUGGAACUUGGUUGCGUCAAAGAGAAUAGAAUUGUUUGGGCUUGAAGUACAGGAAGGUGAUUUAGUCUUUGAUGAACAAGGAAGCAACAAGGCUACUAGUGUAGAUUAUGAUGGGUUCGAAGAAGACGUAGCUGUUUCCAAUACAGUUGCAGUGAGGGCACUAACCAAGGAGGAUAUUGACAGCGGAAAGUAUUCAAUUUUUGAUGUUGUUUUACCAAGUCCCGGGUUCAAAAUCGAGUAUCCUACAAAUGAGAAAUUGAGACAAGUUUAUAUCGAUACCAUGGCCAAGGACAAUCUCGAUCCAUUCAACUUGAUGCGAAAGAAUAAGGAAUUUUCGUUAACUGGUGCUUAUAGAACCUUAUUGUCCAAACCAAAAGAUCUAUCUUAUGAGAUAAUUGAGUACAGAGCAGAUGGCAAGCCUUUGGUGAAGACAGAUUUGGAGAUAUUGGAGAUGAAAAAUAAUGGAGACGACAUAGAAGCUGUAGAAUCAACCUUGUCGGAGAGAAUAAUCAAACACCACAAUAAUGAUGCUGAUGAUGGUGCAGCUGAUCCUUCUGCCGAAGCAAAAUUUGCAGUUGUUUUGAAAAUGAAAUUGGACGUGAGCUCGUACGCUACUAUGGCCUUAAGGGAAUUCAUGAGAAUUGACACGUCCAGAUACGCACAAAUGAAAUAG